AUGACGCUCCGACCUUCUGCAACGGUGUUCGGAGGGGCUCUGCUGAAGCCCGUGCAGCACAGUUCCAGCCAGAGGGUGGAAUUAGGAGAGCUGAACUCCAGCCCAUCGGAAGGGCAGCAGAAUUUUCACAGGCUCAUUGUGGACAUUAUCCUGAUGAUUAAGGUAUGCCGACGUUUCCGUGCUGGACUGAAAGGAUUGUCAGGUUUUCACCUGAUAGAGAAAGAUUGUCGUGGAAAGAUUGAAGAUGAUAUCAAGAGCUCCAAUAUUGUGUUUGAUCGACAUGAAUUCAGCGUUUCAAAGGAUCAUUUUCCUUUUAGAGCAAUCCAAAUAACUAAGAAGCCGCCAACAUGGAGGACUGAAUCAGAAAUAAAACACCUGCGAAAUUGCUUGCAGCUUUUAGAAAGCUUCCGACAAUAUAGUCCAACGCUACAGUAUCUGUUGGCCAAAGUGAUUCGCUUUGAACGAUUUGGCCGCAGAAGAGUGAUCAUAAAAAAAGGGCAUCAAGCAACUGCCUUUUACUUCAUUUAUUUUGGUACAGUUGCUAUCACGGAUGAUGAGGAUGGUAGCAGUGCCUUUGUGGAAGCAGCUCCAACGACGCUUCAUAAGGGCGCUUCUUUUGGUGAAAUUGCCCUUUUGCAAAAAACAAAAAGAAUUGCCACUGUUGUCUGUAUGGAGGAAACGGAACUGCUGGUGGUGGAUAAAAAGAAUUUUUUUGCUUUUAAACUAGAUAAGGAACUUCAACAUGAAUUCAAAACCCGCUAUGAUUUUUUGAGGAAUCUAGAUCUUUUUCAAACACUGCCUGAUUCUUCAAUAGAUAAAAUAGCUAAUUUCUGCAAAAUUGAGAAAUACCAUUUUGGACAGGUGAUUACCACUGACCUUGCAGAAACAUACAGUAUGAUAUUUAUUACCAAGGGCAUUUGUGAAGUAUUGCGACUAGUUAACCUCAGCACUUGUCCGUCUUAUAAAAAAUGGAUCACUAAACAGCUGCGUUUUCCCAAACGCAGAGUACCCGUAAAAGAAAGGAAGCGAAGGGAUGCUGAGAUUGCCUCUGUUGACAGAUUCAAGAGCACUCUGUGGUCCUCUUACUCGGGACACAAAUUGAGGGACCUGAAAACCCACUACUUGCAGCAGAAGAAUUCAUCCUGUGAAAGCUAUGAAAAGCAGAUCUGUCUCUCCGCUAAGAAUUGUAAAAGUGUAGUGAUAAAUGUGCAGAAGCAUGAUAAAAGUCCAAGCACGGUACAGGAAAAUGGAAGUCUCCUUCCUGAACCACUGCAACCUGAUGAACAAGAGAGGGUGCAGAACAUUAUAUCAGGGGUCUUCAGACAGAAAUCUGCCUACUCUACAGCCUAUGGAGACAUGCCAGAUUCUGUUGCUGCGGCUGUAUAUAUCCGACUAGAUCAACUAAAUAAAGGAGACUACAUAAUAAAUCUGGAAGACAAUCGCGUCAUCGUUUUGGUCAGCCAAGGAGCUGAGAUCAUCCAACUGAAAAAAGAAAAGAUUGAGUUGUGGGCUGAUGACGUUACUACCGUGAAAUUGAGCAAACUGAAGGUUAAAUAUCCCAGUGAUGAUGAGCUGUGUCAGGUCUUCCUUCGACAGAAUGCCUGGGAAAUGUUUAAGAAGGAUCUAUUGAAACUUGUGAUGCAGCCCAAACUCAUGAAGAUGGUACAUCCUCCACAUCCAUGCCCUACAGCUGAAGUCUAUGAUUCUUGGUGUUUGAAUCAACAAGGAAUCUUGGAUCUUUCUUCCUUAUGUUGCAGAAUGCCAUGUCUACCAGAUAAACACAAACAUGUUCCUGCUCAAUUAAGCCGUACAAAAGAAAGUCUACCCGUUAUUCAACCAAAGUUGGUUCAUGGCAUCUCAGUAGUACGUCCCAAUUUGGAUGGAGCAUUUUAG